AUUUUUUAAACGUAACGCCGAACUCUGGGUUGUUCUUCGCUCCCGUCCUUUUCCGCAAAACGAUAAAGAGUCUCUCUCUCUCUCGCACACUAAUCCCUCUCUCUCUCUCUCUCUCUCUCUCUCUCUGUAAGAGAGUAAGAGACCCUAGAAAACGAAGGCUGUGUGCCGCGGAAGAAAGCGAAAGAUCAUGAAAAUCAAGAAGCCAUUGCAGGAGCUGAAGCUCUCCGUUCCCGUUCAGGAAACUCCAAUCUCGUCUUUCCUCACAGCGAGUGGAACAUUUCACGACGGAGACUUGCGGUUGAAUCAGAAAGGCUUGCGGCUCAUCUCGGAAGAGAAGGAAUCGCAGUCAUCAGAGAGCAAGGAGCUUGACUUUGAGUUCUCAAAGGAAGAUCUAGAAGCGAUUAAAGUGAUUGGGAAGGGAAGCGGAGGGGUUGUGCAACUCGUUCGCCAUAAAUGGGUUGGGACUUUGUUUGCCUUGAAGGUUAUACAAAUGAACAUACAAGAGGAAAUUCGUAAACAGAUUGUACAGGAGCUGAAAAUAAACCAAGCCUCCCAGUGUCCUCAUGUCGUCAUUUGCUACCACUCAUUCUAUCAAAAUGGGGCUAUCUCUCUUGUGUUAGAGUACAUGGACCGCGGGUCUCUUGCAGAUGUUAUCAGACAAGUUAAAACAAUUCUUGAACCUUAUCUGGCAGUUGUUUGUAAACAGGUUUUACAGGGUCUUGUGUAUCUCCACAAUGAAAGACAUAUUAUACAUAGAGACAUUAAACCAUCGAACCUACUAGUAAACCACAAGGGGGAAGUAAAGAUCACUGAUUUUGGUGUGAGUGCUAUGUUGGCCAACUCUAUGGGUCAGCGGGAUACCUUUGUUGGAACUUACAACUACAUGUCGCCAGAGAGAAUUAGUGGCAGCACCUAUGAUUACAGCAGUGACAUUUGGAGCUUGGGCUUGGUGGUUCUUGAGUGUGCUAUAGGACGUUUUCCCUAUAUGCGAUCAGAAGAUGAAGAGGAGCGGCCGAGCUUUUACGAGCUCCUGGAAGCCAUUGUAGAUAGCCCUCCACCCACUGCUCCCCCAGACCAAUUCUCUCCUGAAUUCUGUUCAUUCGUAUCAGCUUGCAUACAAAAGGAACCUCGAGACAGAUCAUCGUCAUCGGACCUCUUGGUGAGUCUUACAACAUCAUUUGUUUCAAGUCUCAUGUCUCCCGACAGCAGCUUAAGAAACCUCGGACCCUGAUUUUGUAACUUAUGGUUUAACCUUAUUUCUUCUCCCGCUCCCCAGAACCACCCUUUCAUCGAGAAGUUCCAAGACAAAGACAUCGACCUUGGCAUUUUGAUACUUGUAAGUCGGAUUUCAGAGCGUUGAAUUCUUUCCUUAAAGUAACCAAGCCAAUAGCUUUUGCAUCCAUCACUAUUGUUUGUUGAUGUGAGAACGAUACAAAAGAUGCAAUUUGGUUUGUUUGUCGUCCUUCAUGCUAUGCAUAGUGCUCUGUGCUUUGGUUUCUUCGUUGUCUUUUAUGGGGAUUUCUAGUGAAUGUGGCAGUUGUGGGAUCGGGAGAAAUGUCAAGCUCUCGAGUUUGAUUUGCUCAGUUUCAUAAGUUCCCACGCAAUGGAUGUGUUAGCCUGUACUGUAUUGUAAUGUAAUGUGUUCAAGGUAUGAAGCUAGUUCGCGAAGUUCAUGGGUCCGCUCAAUUCGAUGGUUUGUUUAGUUCAACUUGUGAGCUAACUCUUAUGAGAUGCCUAAAAAUUGUUGGUAGCGAGCCAACUCAGCUAUUGAC